AUGGUGUGUCCCCUCAUCUACAACACACCUGAGGAGAAGAAGAAGAAGAAGAAGAAGAAGAAGAAGAAGAAGAAGAAGAAGAAGAAGAAGAAGAAGAAGAAGAAGAAUGCAGCUCGAGUUUACAGAAGGACGUAUUAUGAAAGGAAGAAAGAGGAAAUCAGCAUCAAAAUGGCAGCCAAGUACCGAGCUAAAAAGAUGGUCAGCCAAGUCAUGGAUUCUGGGUGUCAGGUCUCUGGUGCAGACCCUCCAUAUCAAUCCUCGGACGACACACGCAAAUAUCUAGCCCUCCGCAUCAUAACUCGUCCUCCACAUCAGGAGGACACACGCAGAUUCCGCCAAAGUGAUCCUCGCCCACAACUCAACCACAUUCUUUUCAGCCACUUAACCAUCAAGAAACUUUCUCCUAGUUGUGGUGUCAAUAUGAUUUGGGGCCCCGGGGACCAACAGAUUGUCCUCGCAAUGCUUUCGGAUCAUCUGGAAAUACUUGAGUCCAUUCAGGAAUACAUACGGUCAUCUCAUGGGGGGAAGUCUCAUUUCUCUGCUGCAAUCACAGAGCGUCUCAGUAAUCUGGCUCAUCAAUGCAAAUUGGUGACUGCUGCCACCGAAGAGCUCUGGUGUUAUGCAGCUUUAAGUGAGAUAGAUGUGGAGAUGCUUACAAAAUUCAGCCAAGGAUCAUUGCUAUUCCAAUACUUGUGA